GGGGGACGGGAGAAGCGUAGCGCGACGCAGCUACCCAUCCUGGACGCCUUCUCCCGCUUUGACUCCCCGCAACGUCCCAACAUGGACCACCAGGACCUACCCCUUCCUUCUUUUCGAUCUCAUCGAACCCUAAUUUGAUCUUCUUCCCUCCAACCAAAAUCAAUCCCAAUUUCUUGAUUUCCUGUUCAUCUCUCAUAUUCUCUCACCCAACUCAGCCUCAGGCCAUGCAACUCUGCUUCUCCGCCAACGCCCUCCGGAGAGAGGACCCUUUUCGUUUCCCCAGAAAUUUGGCUUCUUUUCAGUAUACCAUCGUCGAAUUCACCAGCUAUGUCCGCUGAUACUCAUGUCCCUGCUUCUAAGGUUAUUCUUUGCAAUGCUGGGGCCGGUGCCGCCGCCGGAGUUAUUGCCGCUACAUUUGUAUGUCCUUUAGACGUCAUCAAAACUAGGUUUCAGGUUCAUGGGCUGCCGCAGCUUGCUAAUGGAAGUAUUAAAGGCAGUCUAAUAGUUGGUAGUUUGGAACAAAUAUUUCACAAGGAGGGGUUCCGUGGCAUGUACCGCGGUCUGGCGCCUACUGUGUUGGCUCUACUUCCAAACUGGGCGGUUUAUUUUACCAUGUAUGAACAGUUUAAGAGCCUUCUUUGUUCCAACGAUGAACACCAUCAUCUUUCAAUUGGAGCUAAUAUGUUAGCUGCUUCUGCUGCUGGGGCUGCGACUACCAUUGCUACAAAUCCACUUUGGGUUGUCAAGACCAGACUUCAAACCCAGGGAAUGAGAUCUGGGGUUGUGCCUUAUAGGAGCACGCUAUCUGCUCUGAGGAGAAUUGCUCAUGAGGAGGGCAUUCGGGGGUUGUACAGUGGCCUUGUACCUGCUCUUGCUGGUAUCAGUCAUGUUGCCAUUCAGUUUCCAACAUAUGAGAAAAUAAAAUGUUACUUGGCAAACCAAGAUAACACAGCCACAGAUAAGCUUGGUGCUCGUGAUGUUGCAAUUGCGUCAUCAGUUUCUAAAAUUUUUGCGUCCACCCUAACAUAUCCGCAUGAGGUUAUACGUUCUAGAUUGCAAGAGCAAGGAUACCAUUCAGGGAGGCGUUAUUCCGGUAUGGUUGACUGCAUUCAGAAGGUCUUUCAGCAAGAUGGCUUACCGGGAUUUUACCGUGGAUGUGCAACAAACCUGUUGAGGACAACCCCAGCAGCUGUAAUCACAUUCACUAGCUUUGAAAUGAUACACCGGUUUCUUGUUUCACUCAUCCCCUCUGAUCCGCAAACCCAUGUAUUGUGAUGAUGGAUCAUGGUCAGCCUGCGCAACGAUAGAAUUGUUCUGAUACAUAAGUUAGUCCAGCUGGCUAAUUGUUCUUUUUUAUGGGUGAGAAGUCCUAUUCUUUUUGUAUGUUAUUUGUUUUCUGCUGAUUCUCGCAUAAUCGGAAUUUUAAAAUAGAGGCUUCUCCCUCUUUCAAGGCGGUGCGAAAUCAUUGUCUUAGCUGCUGGACUGAAGGAUGUUUAUACUAAGUGAUAAUGACGAUAAAGACAUGAGUAGUGCAAUUGCUUUCUUGUCAACCCCCCGCCCCUCCGUAACAGUUUAAUAAUUAGUUCAUCUUGAAUAUUAUUUAUCACUUCCUGCUUAGCAUGCUGUUCUGGCAUCACAGAUCAAGCGCUAUGCAUUCCAGUAAUCAAACUCGUGUUGAUGGUGGU